AUGAUUUUAGAACCAAUCCAUAUCAAAACUGUAUUCAAAUAUCUUCCUCCAAAUUGCUACAUCUUCUUUUUGGCAAUUAACAAGAAGUAUUGUGACGCUUCUAUUGAACAACCAUCUGCGUAUCUGAUUGGCCGUCAAACACUCAAAGUACCCACCAUCGCCGAGCUGACUAUUUUUGGUCCAAUUGAUUUCGACUAUCUUCCCACAACUAUUGAUUCUUUGGUACUCAAAGGUAGUUAUCCUUCACAAGUAAUUGUUAAAUUACUUCAAAAAUACUCUUUUAAAACUCUUAAACUUGAAGGAAUUGAAUGCAACACGAUGGGCGAGUUUAAACACAUUCACCAACUUCUUGGCACUCAAACAAAAUUGGUGGAUUUAAAGUACGUUUGUCCACCAACCGACCCAUCGUUAAUCAACUUAACUUCUCUUCAAAACUUGACGAAGCUUCAUGUCCGUUUAAUUCCGAGGAUGAUCCCAAUCAUCAAGAAAUUCCAAGGCCUAAAAAACUUAAUUCUUGAUUUCGGCGCUCAAAGUAUCGCAAAAAUCACUGAAGACAACAACAACACAAAUCCGUUUAACUCACUCUCCGUGUUACUCUCAUUGACUUCUUUAAAAAUAAUUGCAGACUCAAUUAAACAACUUUCGUCGUUGAACGAUUUGACUUCAUUGAAGUCACUCAAAGUCCUUGACCUUCUCGAUGUUAACAUCUCAAGUGCGCCAAAAUUGGUCUUUUUGACGACAUUGAGAAAUUUAAAGAAAGUGCUCCUCCGGUGUAAAUCCGCGCUUAAAGCACCUCUCGUUCUGGCAGACUAUCUCAAAAUGCCGGCGAUUUUUGAGAUUGAGAUUGCAGCGUUUCACCAUGAUUUUGAGGCAUCAAAGUCGUUCGAGCCAAUUGAAAAAUGUCAAAGAAAGGCUGUAGGGACAAUUCAAUCGGUUGAAUUUUCUCGCAAUACUUCACAAUUUGAAAAAAUCAUUCCACUCAUUUCGGCAAGAUUUUCGUUUGACAAUUUGAGUGCCACCUCAUGUCCCAAUUUUACGAUGAAAGCACUGGAAAGUGUUGAUUUGAGAAGUUUAAGAGGUUUGACGUUGGUGCAAUGCCUAAAAAUCAAGGACAUCUCAUUUUUGAAGAAUUGUGACAUCUUGACUUCACUUGAAGUUUCAAAAAUCAAUCUCGAGAUUGGGGAAGCAGAACGAAACAUACCUUUGGGGGUGCUUUCUGUGGGACAAAUCAAAGAAUUUGAUGUGAGUUGCUUAACACAACUUACUGGACUUUACUCACUGUCACUCAAGGAAAUCCCAACGCUCAAAAAUGUCGACAAAAUGACGCAACUGAUGAAAAUCAGUGUUGAUAACUGUAAAGAUUUCUGCUUGAUUGAUUUGAAGGAUGCACCAAACUUGAUGGAAGUUUCACUUAAAAAGGUGUCUGCAAGCAACUCGACUGUGUUUGCAAGCUCGCUAAAGAGUCUAACAAGAAUCGACUUAGAGGAGAUUGAAGAGUGUAAAUGGGGGAAUAACGAACUGUUUGGAAUUGCGGGAUGUGCAAAUUUAAAAGCUUUAGUCAUCAAAAAUGUGAAUUCCUUUGACGACAACGUGAGAAAGACUCUUAGUGAAGAGUUGCCCAAUUUAAAAAUAAUAUCUUGA